AUGUCUGCGUCCGGCAUCCCAGAGGUGGUGUACUUGAAAACUGUGGCUGGUAGAUGCUGCGCAGUGCACUCCCCACGUGUUGUACAGCAGCUGGUGGAUGCUGCUGUCGAUGAACUGCGCCUGGAGCGUGAAACUCUAAAGAUGUAUGCGGGAAAUCGGCGUAUAUACGCGAAAAGGAAGGGACACGGUGACGCCAGCCAGUUGCAGAAUAGCGUUACAGUUCCUGACAAGAGCACUAUAUUUGUUGUGGGAAAGCCAAUGUUAAAGGGAGAUCUUGGAGCCGUAAAGGCAAAGGCGAUGAAUGCAGCCAAGCAACUGCAGCGUGCAGAUCCUCCCAUCGUGCCUGCGUCUGUGUCUGUGCCUGUGAUGGUAAACCCUCUCGUUUCAUUGGUACCAGCUGGCUCCAGAGGAAAUAUGCGACUAAAAACCACCUCUACUGACAGUGAUCUCUACUGCUUUAUGAAGCCGCAUGUGUUCAAGCUUGGCCAUCGUGGCCUGCGUGACCUGUACAAAAUUGCAAAGAACCGGUCGGGGAGUUUCCCUCAGUCAUUUUGCGAGCACCCUGUAAUGGUGGCCAUCGUGGCCUACGUUGAUCGUGAUCCACGGAGACUGAAAGAAAUUCUUGCAACCAUAUUGCAAGAAGAACCAGCACUACUGAAAUGGAUUGAAUCAGAAUCCGAGUUUUUUCUAAGUGUCAUCAAUACCCCCAUGCGAUGGCAGAGCGAGGCAUUAUCUAUGUCGUUGACACGUCAUUUGAGAGAGACAUACGAGGAGGAGGCCGAAAGAUGUACUGAUAAGAGUGAGUUGGCACACGCACUACUCCAAAGGCUCACAUCUCAAGAAUUGCCCUCAAUGGGAUUAAAAGAGGAUACCGCAGUGCGAUUCUGGGAACUCUGUUUACCGUUUUACUCACUUAAUGAAGGAGGAUAUGCGGAAAAGAAGCAAAGCGGCAUGAAGCCACAAGAGAUCACUCAAAGAGGUGGGGCGAUGAGGACCUCUGAUGGGUGCGCACACCUCGAGGAAGAUUUCCUGUUGGAUCCAGGUUUUCAAGAGACGAGAAUGGCAACUCGGGCGUGGGAGAUUGCACGGGAACGGUGGUCUGCGGCUGUUGGAAGUUCCACAGAGAUGGAGGGUUUGGCUGCGGAAGUACGGUCACGGUUGCAUGAGGCCCACGCUUCCCUCUUGUUCAACAUGGAGAGCUACCUUGCGGCACCACCCACCUCUGUGUUGCUCCAGGAGUUGGACACGCUGGCGCAAAAACUGUGGUCCGAAGGAGAGCAGUGGUUUAUUGAGCAAAAUGAUAUUUCCAGUGCUUUUGAAACUGCUCUGGGGCGACUUCUCUAUAAUGCAGGGAAAGAACUAGUGGCAUCGCAACUCGUUACACGUCCCCGAAAGAGGAGUAGCACGCAACUGAAUUUUCAGACGACUCCUCUCGGUGAUCUCGAACACUCCCCGGCACUGCAUCCCACAAUACGCUGGAUUACGGUUAACGGUGCAGGUAAUCUUGCAUCUCAGGUACGAGAAUAUAGCGCUAAGCACGCUGUAAGCAUUGUGCUGUACAGCCAAGCCUCUCCGAAGAGCACCUAUGCAUACGUUGUGAACAGCAAUAUAAUCAAAGCCACACCAAUUACUAUUGAUGAUACCGCGAAAAAAGAAAUGAGUGAGUUUGAUGAAUUGCACUGUUUUUUAGGACAGAAAUGUUUCCCAAAAAGGAGUGACAAAAUUCGAAAACUUAUGCGAUAUCGCUGGCAUAGGAUGAUGAAAUUGCUCUAUAAACGCUUCUUGAGUCCCAUAGAAGGGUUUCUUCCACAACCUGUGACAUCACUACAUGCUCCCUUGUCGGCUGUGGGCCAGGUGUGCUUCAUUGAAACAUGGACACCGAAACAUAAUCCCAUUCCCUUUGCUGCUUUGCAUAGGCCCUCGGAUGGGGCAUCCUGUGUAUUGCAGUGGGCGCCAUUCGUGGCACAUCAUUUAUGGGACUUGAUUCAAUCCGACGAGAUUCCUUGGUCUUCUCCCAUUGCAAGGUCUCCUGUAAUUACACGUGUCUCUAUUCCUAUUGUCACUCGGCCUGGAAAAGGCACUCCGGAAAUACCAUUGUGUUCAACGUCAAAUAUGGUGACAUAUGUAAACACUAAUGAUACUGGAUGUGUGUCACUGGGUGGUGCGGCGAAAGGACGUUUAUGUGGAGGCACUGGUAUUGAUGAAAGUCAAGGGCCAUGGCAAAACGUUCCAUGGGAAAGUUGGCUGCGAAAGGCACUGAGCGACGUCCGCGUGGGAAUUCCAACAUAUGCAGCAAUCUAUGGGGGCCAUACAACGCAGAGUGCCACCGCACUUUUUGUUCACGAGGUGCCACGUGUGACCGCUGGUUGGAGCGUACCCGCGAUGGAAAAGUUGACGGACGCGAGACAGACUUUAUGUAUGAAUAGUUCUAAGCUUAUGUCCUGUCGAGUGAUGCCUUACAAUCAAGGCGCUGACUUGUUUGUUUCUCAUGUUGUGGGUCGUGAAAGCGGCGUGGGUAUCCACCGUGCAGCGCUCGUGCCCACCUACAGAGUAUUAGGACGGGACCCUGUGGAAGUGUAUGACCUGUUUUUAAGGUCGCUUGUCAUCUCUGACGAAAUGACGGCAGCCAAGGCAUAUCGCUUGGCAUUGUUGAUUUCAUGGCAAAAAGAUUGUAAGGACGAGCCAUGGCGCUCCGCAUCGCUGACUCUAUUUAACUACGGCGGACCUAUGAAGACUCUCAGUUUCCUCCAAAAGGAAUUGAGGGGAAAGCACUGCAUUGGUGCCUCUCAUGUGUCUUCACGACACAAAAGUGAUAAACCUGAGGAAGGUGCGUCGUCUAAGAGCCGUUCUCCAAGAGGAGUUCGGCGGCGUCCCGUUCUUCGCGACACAUUGGAUGGACGAUAUAUAGAUGCUCAUGGCGUCGAUUUGAUAUGCGGUGCGCUGGUAACCAGUCUUUCUGCAACCCGACCACGAGGGGAGGCUGCUAUAGUAGAUACAAUGAUCGAGUACAUUGAGCAAAACCGGAGUUCGCUUACUGCACUUGUGGAACAACGGAGGCAAGAGGUGACCGAGACCGUGGAGCGUAGUGCAACUCCUGUUGAACCUGCUGCGGCGGAAACACGUGGCGUCAGCAACCAAACCUCUUUUGUUUUAGCAGUGAGGAACAUGAUCGCCGAAUCUAGGAGCAAUGAGAAUAACUGCAAAGAGAAUGGCCUUUCAGGGGGCGGCGCAAAGCCUCCUGGGAGAACGUAG